CGUAGAGCCAUCUAUUGGUGGGCCGAUGAUAAUCGGCUUAAGUCAAUUCUGUGGGCUGUCUUUUUGUCGACGGUCAAUGUUUAUUAUCUCCGAGAAGUAGAUAGCACUCUUCAUUCAACUGUCAACUCUUGAUGAGAGGUCUUCGAAUUUUGACCAAUUUGAUCUAUUUUAACUCUUGUGUACGUUAAUGAAGUGAUCUUGAACCUUGUGUUUGUAUAUACUGCCUUUAUUCACUGUACAUCUAUCCACCAUCCAAAGGCGGCGCCUUACAAGCUGUCUAUCCUUUAAUUUAGUAAUAACAACAACAUAACAACAAAUUUUCUCUGUGUCUCCGAUUUAUACAUUAUAUACAGUGAUAAUGAGUCAAUCAAAUGAUUCAAAUUCUAGUGGGUAUCCCGGUGUUUCAGCACCCAUCAGCACUGCUCAUCCUAAGGAAGCUGAUUUGAAGUUGACACAAAAAUUGGUUGAGUGUCUUUCUAGUUUUGAUCUAUUUGAAUCUGAAAGUGAAAUGAUCCAUAGGAUGAAUAUGUUGAGCCAAAUCAAUGAAUUGGUGCAAAAGUGGAUCCGUGAUGCUAGUGAAACUAAAUUGGUUGGCAAUGAAUCUGCCCAACGUAUGAAUGGUAAAAUAUUUACCUUUGGUUCUUUCAGACUUGGUGUCCAUACUAAAGGUGCUGACAUUGACACCUUAUUAGUUGCUCCGCGCCAUAUCGACCGUACCGACUUCUUCAAAACAUUUGCUACUGAAAUUUCACAAUUACAGAAUGUUGAAUAUGUGAGAAAGAUAGAGGACGCAUUUGUUCCUGUUAUUAAGACAAAGAUCGAUGGAAUUGAAUUCGAUAUUCUGUUUGCCCGUUUGGCUCUUAAAAAUAUCCCCGAAGACCAAGAUCUUAAAAGUAACGAACUUCUAAGGAAUUUAGAACCUAAAUGUGUCCGAUCUCUCAAUGGAUGCAGAGUAACAGACGAAAUCUUGUCUUUGGUACCCAAUCAUGAAGCAUUCAAAUUGAGUCUACGUGCUAUAAAGUUGUGGGCUAAAAGACGAGGAAUAUAUUCUAAUGCACUUGGAUAUCUAGGUGGUGUUUCUUGGGCUAUGUUAGUCGCUCGUACUUGUCAAUUAUAUCCACAUGCUUGUGCAUCAACAAUUGUACAUAAGUUUUUCCUGAUCUUCAGUAAAUGGCCAUGGCCAAAACCAGUGCUUCUCCGUGCUUUGGAAGAAGACAAAACAAAUUUAGGAUUUCCAGUUUGGGAUCCUAGAAUUAACGUGAAUGACAGGUAUCAUUUGAUGCCAAUUAUCACUCCAUCAUACCCACAACAGAAUUCUACCUUCAAUGUGACACAAUCCACUAAAACGAUCAUGUUGGAGGAAUUUAAUCACGCAUUAGCAAUCUGUGACAAAAUCUCUCAAGGUUCAGCAGAUUGGAAAGAUCUAUUCAAAACGAGUACCUUUUUCUCGAAAUAUAAGCACUUCUUGGUUCUAAUUUGUGAAUCCAAACCAGAAUGGAUUGGCCUCGUCGAAUCAAAAAUUAGACAUCUUGUUUCAAAUCUUGAACGACACCGAUGUAUUAAAUUAGCCCAUGUCAAUCCCAAUUCGUAUAUACAAGAAACCAUGGUAGAAGAAAACGCAGAACCAGAUACUUACUGGUUCGUUGGACUUUGCUGUGACAAAGCAGAGGGAAUGCAUAUUGACUUGACUGCUGACAUCAGAACAUUUUUAAAUACAGUUAGGCAAACGGCUGCUACAAAAUUCCCAACAGAAUACAGACUCGAAUUUAAAUAUGUCAAGAAGAAGGAACUUGUAAGUUACUUACCAGCUCAUGUAUUCAAGCAAGAAAUAAGCAAUCAGGAAAAAGGAACAAAACGUAAACUCGAAGAAGACAAUUCCAAACCAAUUCGAGCGAAAAGAACACCCUCUCCAAAUCAAGAACCUUCUUCCCAAUUAACUUCAUAAAUGUCUUUUUUAUAAUAAACUUCUUAUUUGUAAUUUUGUAACCUGUGCUUGUGAUUUGUUUUUCGAACAAGCUUUCUUGUUGGUUUCUCUUUAAACCUAAUUUCCUGUUUAAUCUCAAUAAAGACGCAUUAUUUAGACAAAUAAA